AUGGCUUGUAUAUAUCUCCCAUUCAAUCUACGGACGUCCUACCCGACAGCAUCUGGAAACCAGCAAACCACCAACACCAAAUUACGACCACAUCUGCAGCAAGCUAGCAACAGCGAACAAUUCGCGGCAGGCGAGGCGAUAUCUCCGACGAGCGAGAGGAACCCAUCACUUCCUCCAACUUUUGGUUUUUUAAUCCUUAUUUCUCUCUCUCUCGUUCUGGAAUCUAUCGUUGGGCCUCCUCGAGCAACAGCAAACGGCAAACCCCGUGGAGCAGCCACGCAGCGACCUACGGGAACAGUCAUCAACGGCAUUUCCUUGCCGGAAGGUGCCGAGGCCACUGUCGACGUUUCUUCAGAGAAAGAGGACGACUUAAGGGCUGCCUAUGAUAUUUUGUGUCAUCCCUUUAGGCAAUUCAUCGCCAAUGAAUCACCCAAUUGGAUAGGCGUUGAUAUGUUCCCGCAUUGGGUGAUUGACAUUGCCGACAAUUUCCGUGUGCCAGUUUUCUGCUUUUCUGUCUUCUCGGCCGCCACCAUGGUCUUUAGCGAGCCACCGGAGUGUUUGGCAGGAAAGGGCCUAAAGAAAGUCCGUCCAUCACCAGAAUCCCUGACAUCACCGCCUGAGUGGGUGACUUUUCUGUCAUCCGUCGCCUUCCGGCGUGGCGCUGAAGCCAAUGGCAGCUAUUAUUUAUAUUACAAUGGUCAUCUGGGUGAAAGAGUACCUAAAAUUCUAAAUGGGUGCAAGGCUGUGGCCAUUCGUAGUUGCAAGGAAAUUGAAGGUGAUUACUUGGAAGUACUUGAGAAGAUCUACCAGAGGCCAGUUAUUCCAGUGGGGUUUUUUCCACUGGAUCAGCCAGAGCAAAGGGAUUAUGGUGAGGAGUGGCUUAAAACAUUUAACUGGCUUGAUCAACGAAAACCCAAGUCUGUUGUGUUUGUUGGCUUUGGAAGUACAUGUAAGUUAAGCAAAGAUCAGGUUCAUGAGAUAGCCUCUGGGCUAGAGCUUUCCAAUCUGCCAUUCCUAUGGUCACUUAUAAAAUCUGAAAAGGCAUCUGAAAUUGCCAACGAUGUCGAUAUUUUACCUCCAAGCUUCAGGAAGAACGCGGCUGGCCGAGGUUUGGUGUGUAUGGGAUGGGUUCCUCAAGUGGAAAUUUUAGCCAAUCCUGCCAUUGGAGGAUCUAUGUUUCAUGCUGGGUGGGGUUCUGUGAUAGAGAAUCUGAGGUAUGGUCAUCGACUCAUUGUGUUGCCUCUGGUUUUUGAUCAAAUAUUAAAUGCUAGGUUGUUGGUGGACAAGGGUUUGGGUAUCCAAGUUGAGCAAAAUGAAGAUGGUCAUUUAGUAGGGAUGCCAUUGCCGAGUGUCUGA